GUCAAGUCCGACCCAGAGCAUCACCCGGAGGCGCAUGCAGCAGUGCAGCGUGUGCGCAUGGAGUAUGUGGUGCGCGUGGCAGGGGAGGUGCGCAGGCGGCCAGCAGACAUGGUCAAUGGGAAGAUGGCCACGGGUGAAAUAGAGGUCAUAGCAUCGGAGGUGGAGGUGCUGAAUGCGGUGCGCGUGGCGCUGCCCUUCUCACUGACUGCAGCAGAGGGUGCUGACAACAUCAAGGAGGAGGUCCGCCUGCGCUACCGCCAUCUGGACCUGCGGCGCCCGCUCAUGGCGGCCAACAUGCGCAGGCGCCACCAGAUCGUGAAGACGCUCAGAAGGUUCCUGGAGGACGACCUGGGGUUUGUGGAGGUGGAGACGCCCAUUCUCACGCGCUCCACGCCUGAGGGCGCCCGCGACUACCUCGUGCCGUCCCGCGUGCAGGUGGGGGGCACACAUGGGGUGUUGGGGGAACGAGUGCAGGUGGGGGGGUGGAGGGGGAAGAGCAUAUGUGAGUGCAGAGGGGGAGGAGAAGCUUUGGUGUUGCUUCCAUACCACCAUGCCUCCAUGCCUCCAUGCCUCUCUUACUCACACUCAUGCACUCUUUCUCACUGCCUUCCACCGCCGUCCCUCCUCCCAUGCGCUUCUCGUCCUAUCCUCCCCUGCGCCGUACACAGAGCCCGCAGCACUGCCCCUCCUCCAUUCCCACUUCCCACCCCCCCGUUCCCUCACUGUCUCCAUCCGCUUUCACGCGGGCAAGUUCUACCCAUGGCCGCAGAGUCCACCGCGAGCGACCUCUCCCCCCCAACUGCUUCUUGUCGUCCCUCCCUCCCUCCUCCCUCCCCGGGCAAGUUCCACCCGCCACUGCAGAGGUGCUUUCGAGACGAGGAUCUGAGGGCGGACCGCCAGCCCGAGUUCACCCAGCUGGACAUGGAGCUCUCUUUCACACCGUUGGAUGAGAUGCUCGCGCUGAAUGAACGGCUGAUGCAGCACCUAUUCAAAACCAUCAAGGGCGUGAAGCUUCCAAGCACCUUCCCCCGCCUAACCUACGCUGAAGCAAUGCUCCGCUUUGGCUCGGACAAACCGGACCUGAGGUUCGGAAUGGAGAUAGCUGAUAUCUCUCACAUUGUCGCAGGCAGUGGGUUCAAAGUGUUCGAAUCUGCCCUGGAAUCAGGGGGCGUGGUGAGGGCAGUGUCAGUGCCAGGCGGCGCAGCAAAGAUUUCAGCGACGCGGGUGAAGAAGGGCGACGUGUUUCAGGAGGCCGUCAAGGCGGGCGCCAAGGGGCUGCCCUUCCUCAAGGUGCUGCCGCAAGGCAACAUAGAGGCCAUUCCAGCCAUCUCUGCUGCCUUCUCAGAUGCGGACAAAAGAGCCGCCCUUCUGCAGUCCCUGAAUGCGCAACCGAGCGAUCUUGUCUUAUUCGCAGCGGGCCCGGCCAAUCAGGUGGCAGCAACGCUCGGGCGGCUGCGGCUGUACGUGGCGAGGAGCUUGGGUCUAAUUGACGAAUCAGCGGAGGCGAUUCUUUGGGUGACCGACUUCCCCAUGUUCGAAUGGAACGAAGGCGAGCAGCGGCUGGAGGCGCUGCACCAUCCAUUCACAGCCCCCCAUCCGGACGACAUGGCAGAUAUCAGCACUGCCAGGGCGCUGGCUUAUGACCUCGUGUACAAUGGCGUGGAGAUCGGAGGCGGCAGUCUGCGCAUCUUCCGGCGGGACGUGCAGGAGAAGGUGUUUGCCUGCAUCGGCCUCACCCCCCAGCAGGCGGAGGAGAAGUUUGGGUACCUCAUGGAGGCAUUCGACCUCGGGGCCCCACCACAUGGCGGCAUAGCCUAUGGGUUGGACCGCCUGGCCAUGCUGCUGCUCAACCAGCCGUCCAUCCGCGAUGUCAUUGCCUUCCCCAAGACCACCGCCGCUCAGUGCCUGCUCACCAACGCCCCUGCUCCAGUAGCAGAGCGCCAGCUGGCAGAGCUGUCGAUCCAGGUGGCAGGGGAGGGAGGGGAGGACGACGGGGAGGAGGAGAGGUGA